AUGGCUAGUGAUUCGGAUAAUGAAAUGGAAAAUAGUAUGGAAGAAGAUAUUGAUAGUGAUUUAGAUGAUGUCGAACUUCAAAAAGCUUUUAAAGAAGGUCGUCUUAAACCUGGUUUAAAUAUCGAACAAAAAUCUAAACGACCAUUAAUCAACAACAAAGAAGCACUUACUGCUAAAUAUGCUGAAAUCUAUCUUGAUUUACCAUGGGUCGAACGACUCGAUUGUACUAAUACUCCAUUGCUUGUUAAUGAAGCUGAUUUACCUACAAAGGAUGAUGAAACACUUGCUGAUAAUGAUUUUAAACGCGAAAUGCUUUUUUAUCGUCAAGCUCAAGCAACUGUUCUCGAAGCUAUUCCUCGUUUAAAAGCAGAAAAUCUUGCAACAAAACGACCUGAUGAUUAUUAUGCACAAAUGGCUAAAUCAGAUGAACAUAUGAAAAGAAUUCGAGAAUAUUUAGUUAAUCGUAAAUCUGAUAUUGAAAAACGUGAAAAAUUACGUAAAUUACGUGAACAAAGAUUAUAUGGUAAAAAAGUUCAACAAGAAGUUUUACUUAAACGACAAGAAGAUAAAACAAAAUUACUUAAAACAAUGAAAAAAGUUCGAAAAGGUAAAAUACAAAAAAAAAUAAUAAUAACAAAUUUAGUUUUAUCAAUUUCAAUAUAG